CCAGUAUUUAAACCCGGAACCUCCCUCUUGCAUUAGAGUUUCCCUCCCCUUGAUCGUUUUGUCACUUGAAUCCGUGCCUGCCUGCUCUAACAGGACAGCAGCAGCUGCUGCUCCUGGCACAAAGAGCGAGCAGAGACGACGCCAGCAGCUCUGCAAUGGAGCAGGAGCUGCACCGGCCCAUGGAGCUGCCCCCGGGCUUCCGCUUCCACCCGACGGACGAGGAGCUCAUCACGCACUACCUCGCCCGCAAGGUCGCCGACGCCCGCUUCGCCGCGCUCGCCGUCGGCGAGGCUGACCUCAACAAGUGCGAGCCCUGGGACCUGCCAUCGCUGGCGAAGAUGGGGGAGAAGGAGUGGUACUUCUUCUGCCUCAAGGACCGCAAGUACCCGACGGGGCUGAGGACGAACAGGGCCACGGAGGCCGGGUACUGGAAGGCCACGGGCAAGGACAAGGAUAUCUUCAGGGGCAACGGCGGCAAGGUGCUCGUCGGCUCCAAGAAGACGCUCGUCUUCUACACGGGGAGGGCGCCCAAGGGCGAGAAGUCCGGCUGGGUCAUGCACGAGUACCGCCUCCACGGCAAGCUCCAUGGCGCCAUCGUCCCCCCCAAGGCCGCCGCCGGCUCCAAGAACGAGUGGGUGCUGUGCAGGGUGUUCAAGAAGAGCCUUGUCGUAGGCGGUGCAGCAGCAGCAGCACCAGCCGCAGGCAAAAGGGGCGCCAUGGAGAUGUCCAAGAUGAACGACGACAUGGCGGCCAUCUCUCACCUCCCUCCGCUGAUGGACGUGUCCGGCGCCGGCGCCAACGUCAACCCCGCGGCGGCGGCACACGUGACCUGCUUCUCCGACGCACUGGAGGGCCACCAGUUCUUCAACCAGCAGCAGACGCCGCCAGAAGCCGACGCCACGGACCACCUCGGCCUCGCCGCCUCCUCGCCGUUCCUGCUGUCCGGCUUCGCGCAUUACGGGCCGCUGCACCACGGCGCGACGAGCCUGGUGCAGCUCCUGGAGGGCAGCGUCGUGUACGCUGCCGCCGGCGGUGGCGGCCUCCCGGACAUGUCCAACAAGCAGCAACAGCAGCCCGUGCCGGCGCCGCCGUGCAAGGUGGGCGGCGAGCGGGAGCGGCUGAGCUUGUCGCAGGACACGGGGCUCACCUCCGACGUGAACCCCGAGAUCUCCUCCUCCUCCGGCGCCCAACGGUUCGACCACGACCACCUCUGCUGGGGCUACUGAUCGAGCCGCACAUCAUCGCGUACGUCAUCGCUAGCGAUUAGUAUAGCACUGCUGUAAAUAAGCACAUCUACAUCUGUGUGUGAGAGGUCUCGAUCGAUCAUAUCGAUCUCGUGGCAUGCAUCGAGCUACAUAUACGUUCCAUUAUUCGUUCGUGUGAUUAGACGAUUGUAUAGUAUUAGACGAUUUGGGGGUGUGUAAUUAGCAUUAUUGCUGCAUUCACGAUUAAUUUAGUGCAAGAUUUCCUUGGAUAAUAAUGAUGCCAAAGCUAUCGAUGGCUACCUUCACUA